CACUUCACAGAAUUCCUUGAUGAGUUUUCACCAGAUGUCCUAGGCCAGCUCUUGAAUGAUCCUUUCUUGUCUGAGAAGAAUGAAAUAAUGGAGGUGGAACUGUCUCCAGCAUCCCCAGCGCCCCUCAUCCAGGCAGAACACAGCUACUCCCUCUGCGGAGACUCUCGACCCCAGUCUCCCUUAACCCACAUCUCGACCGAUGACAACUUUAAUGAAGGUGACCUGGAAAAUGAGGAAUGGUGUCUGGGUACAGAGCUGACUCCAGCAGCAAUAAAGACUGAGCCAGUGUUGUGUGAGACAUCAGGCCUUGCUCCCUCAGUCAGUCUCACUGUCACGGCCACGUCGCUGGAGGGGGAACAACCCGAGCUGCAGAUGGAUGCCCUGAUGAAACCACUGAGCCAGAAAGUUCUUCCAGAGAUUAAAUUGGAGCCCCAUGAAGUGGAUCAGUUCCUGAACCUCUCUUCUAAGGAAGCAGUGGAUCCUCUGCAUUUGCCUCCAACCCCUCCCAGCAGCCAUGGCAGUGACUCUGAAGGAGGGCAGAGCCCGGCUAGAUCGCUCCCUCCUUCAAGCCCAGUCCAGCUACAAGCCACAGCUAAAGUGACAUCGCGCACAGCUUCAGCACUCUCCAAUUCCCCUCUCCUGACUGCACCACAUAAAUUACAGGGGACCGGCCCACUCAUCCUGACAGAGGAGGAGAAGAGGACGCUGAUAGCAGAGGGGUACCCAAUCCCUACCAAACUGCCCCUGACGAAAGCAGAGGAGAAAGUGCUGAAGAAAAUUCGCAGGAAAAUAAAGAACAAGAUCUCUGCCCAGGAAAGCAGAAGAAAAAAGAAAGAAUACAUGGACAGUCUGGAAAAAAAAGUUGAGACUUGUUCAAAUGAGAAUAGUGAGCUGCGCAAGAAGGUUGAAGUCCUGGAGAAUACUAACAGAACACUUCUGCAGCAGUUGCAGAGACUCCAAGCCAUGGUUGCUGGGAAAGUGUCCCGUUCAUGUAAGGCAGCUAGCACACAGACAGGGACCUGUCUUAUGAUGGUGGUGCUGUGCUUUGCAGUAGUUUUUGGCAGCUUCUCUCAGAGCUACGGGCCAUAUCCUUCUGCUACAAAGAUGGUGUUGCCCAGGCAGCAUUCCUCUCCAGAGUCCUACACAGACUCCAUAGUGAGGUCAAGGAGUCUGCUAAUUUAUGAAGAGCCACACCAACUGGAGGAGUCGUCAAGCCCGAUCUCCUUUGCAGAUCGCAGUGACAGGCAAACAGACACCUCCAAGUACACAGCACUGUCCCUGGAAGCCAUGCCGGGGACACAGCAGGAUGAUAUCAUGCAGUUCACAAUAGCCAACGAGACAAGGCUAGAGAAAUCGGUGCUGCUGGGCCUGCAGCAGCACAGAGUCAACUCCGAACUAGAAGGAAAUGAAACACUGAAGAUAAUUGAAAUAGAUAGAAGAGUCAACGCCACCUCUUAAAAAUAAAAAAAGGCUUUUCUUCUUGACUUCCCUCUUUCCCACAUAUUUUCAACCAAAGUCCCCCUGACUUGUCAUCCUCAGCGAACCAAAGCACAAAAGAGAGGGAGUUCAACUUCUGCAUUGACUGGCGAGGCUGUGACUGCAGAUGGGAUCUCUUGUCUUUGUAACUCCCUUCCUCACUUCACACACAGUCCUUGUCUUUGCUUUUAUUCCUUUCCUGUCUGAUACUGCAAGGACAGGAUUGAAUUAUGAUGGCAGAUGAUGCCAGCAGUGUGCCGGUGACUGGUGGGUGUGUGUGUGCGUGCGCACGUCCUAAUCUGAGCACAAAGACAUUCUGUAGAAGAGUGAAAUAUGCAAAACCGAUGGGAGCAUGUGGG